CUGUGUUUGAGAGAGGGGGGGAAUCACAGUGGUAGGAUGCUGUCAGGUUGCCGUGGUUUCAGCCUUUCUCUUCUUGUCGCAGGGGAUCUGUUUGUGUUCUGCUGAAGGGUGAGAGUGUGUUUGUGUGUGUGUGUGUGUUUGUGUGUGUGUGUGUGUGUGUGUGUGUGUGUGUGUGUGUGUGUGUGUGUGUGUGUGUGUGUGAGGGUGAGCUGUGAUUCCUACAGUUGUGAGGAUAUCUGACAGAAGGAAGAGAGUGGAAGAGAGGGACAAGGAGAGGAAGGAGGAGAGGAAGAGAGGGAGGACGGAGGUGUUGGAGGGUGGAUGUGGAUUAACGUUGCCGCAGCGACUCGUCGUUUCCUGUGAGCUGCAGAGGACGACAGGAAGAUUCAUCUUUCCAUCUUCAUUUCUGCACAGCUGAAGGAGGGAAGGACGGGGACCAGAAGGAGGAAGGAGACACUGAAGGACACAGUAAAGGAAGGAUGGAGGGAGGGAGUCCUCGCUGAUCCUCCGCGUGCUGGUCUGUCUUGCAGGUCUUCGGGGAGUCAUGACGUCUCAGGAAGACGCGUCCUCCUUCACGAGGUUUUUCCAGUACGUGGAGGACAGCGGCCUCCGGACCUAUGACGGCCUUGUGAUCCAGAACGCCUCUGACAUCGCCAGAGAGAGCGACCGCAUUCGCAACCAGACCAACUGGAACUACCUGCAGGAAAAACACCAGAAGAAGAGACGACAGGAGGACGCCAUCAAGAGGAUUGGUGAAGAUGUUGCCAUGGCAACAGAUGGGGCAUACACUGGGAAACAUUUCAGGAUGGGUUUCAUGACGAUGCCGGCGCCGCAGGACCGUCUGCCCCCCCCCAGUCAGGGCUUCACAGUGCGGUCCCAGUCGCUGCAUUCGGUGGGCGGAGCAGACGACGACUCCAACACCAACAGGAAGCAACCCCCGCCCAAACCCAAGAGGGACCCCAACACCAAGCUGAGCAGCAGCUCCGAGACGGUGGAUGCAGGGGACAGCAAGAGAGACGCCAGCACCAACGUGAGCAGCAGCUCCGAGACGGUGGACGCAGGGGACACCAAGAGAGACGCUCAGGAGACCAAAGAGACGCCGGGGCAGGCUGAAGCUCGAUCACUCUACAAUGAGGACUACAGGAAGAUGCCUCCCCCCAAACCCAAAAGGAAUCCCAACACUCAGCUCAGCACCUCUUUUGAUGAAUCCUACAUCCAUAACCACGGCAACAGGAAGUCUUCCCUGCGAUGGGACAAGUCCUUGUCCCUGAGUCAGAGCCCAGCGUCGAGAGACACAGACGACGAGGAGCCCGUCUACAUUGAGAUGGUGGGGAACAUCCUGCGGGAGCUGAGUGGACAGGAAGCAGAGGCGGUGUAUGAGGAGAUGAAGUACCCCCUGCUGGACGACUUCCUGCAGGACCCCACCGCCAUCUUGGACCCAGAGGCCUGGGCAGCCCGCAGUUCGCUCUGCGACAUCCCGCCGCCGUUCCCCAACCUGCUGACGCACCGCCCCCCGCUGCUGGUCUUCCCCCCGGCCCCUGCUCAGUGCUCCCCCAACUCAGACGAGUCCCCACUCACCCCGCUAGACGUCACCCGGCUGCCUGUAAUGGACAACGUCUCGUACAGCAAGACAGGCACUGCAGAGCCUCUGCAGAGCUCCACGCAUCCCCGCAAGGACAGGGACCGGGAUUUGCCCUCCACCCACACAAUCACGUCCUCUGGCCGCUCGUCAGCUCCGCCCCUGCCCUCCAACCUCUACAAGUCUCCUGGCUCCGCCCACAGUGGCCAUGGUUACCCCCGCAGCCAAUCAGCGUGUCCUUCUCCAGUCAGCGUGGGUCGCUCUCUGACUCCUCUGAGUCUGAAAAGACCUCCACCCUACGACGCUCUGAUGGCCGGAGGAAGCAUGCCCCGCUCCUCCUCCUCCUCGUCUUCAUCCUCUCACCGGGCGGGGGAGGGCGGGGCUAGGCUCAGUUGCUCCUCCUCCACCCACGGCUCCAUGCAGAAUGUGGCGAUGAGGUCACAGACUCCCACCAGCCCAUUGGACGAACUCAACAAUGUGUUUACGUCGGGUCGGCCAGCACGGAAGAAAGGAGCGGGCAGGAAGAGCGGCGGCAGCGAAGGAGAUUCCAGGUCUCUGCCCAGACGUCGUAGUAAAGACAGAGACGGACAGUCUAGUCCAGUUUCCAGCCGGAUGGGUCGGUCGUCCGUCAGCCCGACCAUGAUGCUGUCGGGAGGAGAAUCAAAGAGUCCGUCCGGCCGUUCGGCUUCGGCGUCUGGAGUUCCUUCACCCCAACGCCAUCUUCACCCCGCUCUCAGCCAGAUGCCGUGGCUCUGCGGAGACGCCACAAUGAUAGAAACCAUAGAGAAGAAACGGUUUCUGUGUCGAGAGAUCAAAGCUCGCCAGCGUCCAGAGAAGAAUCUGUGUAAACAGGACAGCAUGCCCAUCCUGCCGAGCUGGAGGAGGAAGCAGCCGCCGCCGUACUCUGCCCCCCCCAGCGCCAGCAGACAUGCCACCGGACACACCGCUACCGUAUUCUGGGACACUGCCAUCUGAACCCCCCGUGUUCUGGGACAGGGCCAUCUGAAGCCCCUGUGUUCUAAGACAGGGCCAUCUGACCCCCCAUUUACUGGGACAGCGCCAUCUGAAGCCCCCGUGUUCUGGGACAAGGCCGUCUGACCUACCCUGUUCUGGGAAAGCGCCAUCUGAAGCCUCCAUGUUCUGGGACUGAAGCAACACACAGACACUGUGAUUAAUGAUG